AUGGUGGAAAAGGACCACAAUUCGAGUAGAUCUCGUUCAAACUCGACAAUCAGCACGGACUCGGACUCGACAGCAUCAAGAGUUCAGUCUCGUUCACAGACCCGAGCAUCUAAAAUCAGCACGGAGUUGAAUCGCACAUAUUCUGGAUCAUACCCGGACGACGUUGUUCCAUACACAAGCUCUACACCCUCAGAGGAGCACGAAGACACUGAAAAAACUACCGAAUUUCCCGAGGGUACAUCUCGGCAAGAUGUUGACUUGGAAAGAGGACCAAAUGCGGGGCAAGUCCUCGAAAAGUCAAAAACGGGGAGAUCUACACUUGCCAACUCCAAACUGGUAACAUGGGAUGGACCAGAUGAUCCCGCAAAUCCAAAGAAUUGGUCAACGCUCAAGAAAUGGAUGGCAGUCGUCAUGGUCUCGUUGUUCACCUUCAUCUCGCCUGUUUCCAGUAGUAUGGUUGCGCCGGCCCUCGAUGCUCUCGCGGCGGAUUUACAUAUCUCCUCUACGAUCUUACUUCAGUUGACUAUGUCGAUUUUCAUCCUCGCGUAUGCUGUUGGGCCACUCUUCCUCGGUCCAUUGUCUGAGGUAUUUGGUCGAACAAUCGUCCUCCAACUAGCCAACUUGUUCUUCCUGGUUUUCAACAUCGGAUGCGGAUUCGCAAACACAACAACCCAAAUGAUCAUUUGUCGCUUCUUUGCAGGAUUAGGUGGCAGUGCUCCGCUAGCAAUCGGCGGAGGAGUCCUCUCAGACUGCUUUCCCCCAGAACAACGAGGCAAAAGCUUAGCUAUCUACAGUCUCGCUCCCCUCCUCGGCCCAGCAGUAGGUCCAAUCGCAGGCGGUUUCAUCGCUGAAAACGUGAGCUGGCGUUGGGUAUUUUGGUCCGUCUCCAUCGCCGACGCCGCAAUCCAACUCGCCGGCCUCUUCUUCCUCCAAGAAACAUACGCCCCGAAAAUCCUCGCCGACCGCGCAAAGCGUCUAACCAAAGAAACAGGCGAACAACAUCACACAGAAGCAGAGCUUACAAAGAUCCCAUUCGGUCAGAAACUGCAGACUUCUCUCGUUCGACCCUUCCGCCUUUUACUCACCCAGCCCAUCGUCCAAGUCCUGGCUAUCUACAUGGCCUACAUUUACGGUCUGAUGUACCUUAUGCUCGCCACCUUCCCAGAUCUUUGGACAAGCGCAGAAUACUACAACGAGUCUUCCGGUAUCGGAGGACUCAACUACAUAUCCAUUGGAAUAGGUUUCUUUCUCGGCUCACAAUUCAGCGCGGCGAUGAUAGAUCGAAUCUACCGCGCCUUAAUGGCAAGGAACGGCGGAGUCGGACGACCCGAAUUCAGAAUUCCGCUUAUGACUAUUGCUGCUAUCCUCCUCCCAGCUGGACUCUUCAUCUACGGCUGGACGGCCCAGGAACACUGCCACUGGAUCGCGCCUAAUAUCGGUGCAGCCAUUUUCGGAAUUGGAACGAUCAUGGCGUUUCAGUGUAUUCAGACGUACAUGGUUGAUACGUAUACGCGGUAUGCGGCUAGUGCGUUGGCAGCUGGUGCAUUUUUGCGUUCGCUGGCUGGAUUCGGGUUCCCGCUUUUUGCGCCCUAUAUGUUUGAUGCGUUGCAUUAUGGAUGGGGAAACAGUUUGUUGGCGUUCGUCUCUAUUGGUAUUGGCAUUCCGGCGCCGAUUAUCUUGUGGAAGUUUGGAGAAGGGUUGCGGAAGAAGAGUACUUACGCAGCGGGAUAA